AUAGUCCAAAUUCAACUGGCUUGGGCUCUGGAAUUAGUAGGUUCAAAUUAAGAAUGCAUGGGAUACAAGUGGAUAAUUCGCUGCCAUUAACUCCAAUGCCAGUUCUUUUCAGACCACAGAAAGUUGGGGAUGAGACGAAUUAUAUCUUGAAAUUUUCUGUGACCAUGCAAUCAAACGGGUCACUGGAUCUUUGUGUCUAUCCAUAUAUUAGUUUUUAUGGUCCUGAAAAUGCUGCCUUUCUGAUAAACAUUCAUGAACCUAUUAUAUGGCGCCUUCAUGAAAUGAUCCAGCAGGUCAACUUCAAUCGCUAAUAUGAUAACCAAACCACUGCUGUUGUUGUUGAUCCAAUUAUCCAAAUUGGAGUUCUUAACAUCUCAGAAGUUCGGUUCAAGGUGUCAAUGACUAUGUCACCCAGUCAACGACCAAGGGGUGUACUUGUCUUUUGGGCAUCAUUGAUGACUGCACUGGGAAACACUGAGAAUAUGCAAGUUAGAAUAACUCAAAGGUUUCAUGAGAAUGUGUGCAUGAGGCAGAUUUCAAUGACAAAUAUUGCUAUUUCAAACAUACGGAAGGAUCUCCUUGGCCAACCUCUUCAAUUGCUUUCUGGUGUUGAUAUAUUGGGUAAUGCAAGCAGUGCACUUGGACAUAUGAGUAAGGGUAUGGCUGCCUUAUCAAUGGAUAAGAAGUUCAUCCAAAGUUGGCAGAGACAGGAAAACAAGGGCAUAGAGGAUCUUGGUGAUGUUAUUAGAGAAGGAGGUGGUGCACUAGCAAAAGUCCUAUUCAGGGGAGUCACUAGAAUAUUAACAAAGCCUCUUGAAGGUGUAAAAACUUUUGGUGUUGAGGGUUUUGUUCAAGGUAUUGGAAGAGGACUAAUUGGUGCAGCGGCACAACCAAUUAGUGGGGUUCUGGAUCUUUUGUCAAAAGCCACAGAAGGAACCAAUGCAAUGAGAAUGAAGAUAGCAUCAGCUAUAACUUCUGAUGAACAACUUCUUCGCAGGAGACUUCCUCACGUAAUUAGUGGUGAUAAUUUACUCCGGCCUUAUGACGAGUACAAAGCUCGAGGACAGAUUAUUCUACAGUUGCCAAAAUCAGGUUCAUUUUUAGGCCAGGUUGAUCUUUUUAAAGUACGUGGAAAGUUUGCCUUAACUGAUGCUUAUGAAGAUCAUUUCUUAAUCCCAAAAUCAAAAAUUCUUGUGGUUACUCAUCGAAGAGUGAUAUUAUUACAGCAACCCUCCAAUAUCAUUGGUCAGAGAAAGUUUAGCCCAGCAAAGGAUCCAUGUUCAAUAGUAUGGGAUGUCCUGUUGGAUGACCUUGCAACCAUGGAAUUGAUCCAUGGAAAGAAAGAUAAUCCAAAUGCUCUACCUUCACAUCUUAUACUGUACUUACGGACAAGAUCAACAGAGUUGAAGGAACAAUUUCGUGUUGUAAAAUGCAAUCCUGAUUCCCAACAGGCUCUUGAAGUUUACUCUUCGAUUGAGCUAGCUUUACAAACUUACGGACCCAACCAAUCAAAGGAUUCGUUAAAAAAUAAAGUCACGAGACCAUAUGCACCAAGUACGGAAGGUGCAAGCUCUGAAAAUGUCUCAAAAGAAGGGCUGAGCGCCAUGUCUCCCCCACAGGUGCCCGCAUCAGCACCUCAAAGUUCAACUUUUGGGAGCAGUAGCAAUUCAUUGUAGAAGUCAUUCUUGGUUGAAAACUUAUGUUCUUGGCUGCUGCUGUCAUCACAUUAUAAAAUUUCAAACUGGUGUCAAGCUACAGAUUUUAGCAGCAACGGCAUAAAUACUAGAGUUACUAAAUAUUCUAACAGCACUGGCCAGAACUUUUGGCCGAUGAUUUAUAAGUAAGCCAUUAAAAUGACAGAAGUCCCACUAGAGAGUUUUCUAGGAGAUAGAUGCUCUACAACUAGGGACCAGCUUGUUUUGUUCUUCCUUUGGAUGCCAUGUCUGCAUGGGUUUUUUUUUUUGUGAUAUUUCAGAGUUUUGCUUUGUAUGUUAGAUUUUACUAUCAGGGACCGAAUAUGGCUGUUGUCUUUUUAGACUUUAAUUUUCUUCUUUCUUUUGUUUUGUAGUUUCCAAGGACUCUAUAGAUUGUAGUGACUUUGUUAUCUGAUUCAGUUUCUUUAAUAGAGUAUGAGUUCCCCUGUGUUUUAUCUUUUUUUUUUGUUUGCUGGAAGAGUUCCUCUGUAUUUUCCUGGGCUCAUUUCAGC